AUGACAACCUCUGCUGAGGAAUUCACCGAGAUUGACCGCGCAAUUGAGCGCGCGUCCAAAGAGGUCCUCACAGCAACAAUCAAAGCUAUCUACCGUGACAUUCCAUCAGUGAAAUAUGCUUUGGUGGGAAAACUUUUCGUAUCUGAGGAUUGUGUUCCAAAUGUUCCAGAACCAGGGGAUUCGGACACGGAGGGUAGUGAGGAUGACAACGAUGAAGAGAGCAAGGGUGAUAAUAAGAGCACACCAGCCGCCCAGACGACUACCGGCUCUAAGAGAUUACGAACCCGCUAUGCUAUUUGCGAAAACUGCGACAAGGAGUUCGAUGUCACAAGUAAUACGAGCAAGAGCUGUUUCUAUCAUUCCGACUAUAACGCGCCAGAUUAUGACGCAUUCGUCGACCACGAUGAAGACUGUCACGGAACAAUCGACUCCGACGAAAUGCGUAAGGAGUUUCCAGAGAACUUCAUCUACGAGUGCUGUGGUCGCAAUCUUACAGAGGAGCCGUGUGAAAAUGAUUGGCAUCGUGAGAAGGCGACCUUUAAAAAGCCGAAGAUUGAAUAUGGGCAAGGUUAA